AUGACCCAACCCGGACCGGAUUCGAGGCAUUUCUCGCAACACCAACUGGAGUUUUCUGAGGUUCACUCCUCACCAUCAACGACGGUGUAUCAGCCGGUAUGGAGGAACUCGACGAGGCGGCCGGAGUGGGAGGCCGUGGGCGGCGAAGAGAGCGUUGAGGUCCAGGGAAAUGUCACUGGGGAUCAACGCAGGAAAUUUGUUUUGGACUAUACAUCAGCUGAUGCUCUUGUUUCGACUGACUUGGCAGCACUUGGAUACAAAUAUGUCAAUCUAGACGAUUGUUGGGCUGAAAGAAACAGAGACAAGAGGGGUAAUCUAAGAGCAAAAUCAUCAAAAUUUCCUUCUGGAAUCAAGGCCCUUGCUGAUUAUGUUCACGCAAGAGGUUUAAAACUUGGCGUAUACUCUAUGCUGGGUAAAUACAUUUAUUAUACUUGCAGCAAGACAAUGCCAGGCUCACUUGGGCAUGAAGAGCAAGAUGCAAGAACCUUCGCUGAAUGGGGUGUCGAUUAUUUGAAGUACGAUAACUGCUACCAUGAUGGUUCUAAACCUAAAAUUAGAUAUCCCAGAAUGAGUUCUGCAUUACGAAAGGCUGGAAGGCCGAUUCUGUACUCCAUAUGCAAAUGGGGACAAGAGGAUCCUGCAAAAUGGGCUGGUCGGUACGGCAACGCUUAGAGAAUUACAGGAGACAUUAAGGACAACUGGGAAUGUAUCACGUCGAAUGCAGAUCAAAACAACAUUUGGGGGAGAUAUGCAGGACCUGGGAAGUGGAAUGAUCCUGACAUGUUGGAAGUGGGAAAUGGAGGGAUGAGUUUUGAGGAGUACCGUUUUAGCAUUUGGGCUGUUAUGAAAGCCCCUUUACUUGUCGGAUGUGACAUCCGAUCUGCAAGCAAAGAAACUCUUCAGAUUCUCAGAAACAAAGAGGUCAUUGAUGUUAAUCAGGAUCCAGUCGGAGUUCAAGCAGGGAAACUGCGAUCUAAAGAUGGCCUAGAAGUGUGGGCAGGACCAUUAAGGAAAAGAGUGGUGGUAGUGUUGUGGAAUAGAGGCAGGCAUUAUUCAUUAGCACCUAUGACUAUGACAUGGAGGAAAGUUGGACUCUCAUCACAUACGUCUGUUGUAGUCCGAGAUAUAUGAGUGCACUCAUUUGCUUCAAGGAACAUGCAAACUAGGCUGACUGCAAAUGUUGCUCUUCAUGGUUGUAACUGGUAA